AUGAGUAAACAUUGGAAAACUUUUAGUCUCAAUUUUGCCAGAUUAUUAGAAGAAGGUGACGAAUACGACUUGGUUAUCAACGUCGGACAGGAGCCAUUAGUGAAAUCAUUUAAAGCACACAAAGUUAUAUUAAGAACGCAUUCAUCGUAUUUUCAUAAAGCGCUUUCAAGUAUGUGGGCCAAAAAAAAAGAUGGCAAGGUUAUAUUUAACAAACCAAACGUCUCUCCUCCGGUAUUUGACGUUAUAUUAAAGUACAUGUAUUCGGGAAAAUCCGAAAUCGAGAAUCAAGAUGGGGACUUCAUUUUGUCACUUAUGACAGCAUCAGAUGAAUUACUUUUGAAGGAAUUCGUAGAUGAAUUACAAGAUACCUUAGUUAAUGAUAGGACAAUGUGGGUACAAGAAAAUUUUCAUCGCGUGUUGGAAUUUGCAUUUUCAAACCUAAAUUACGAUAAAUUACAAGAACACUGUUUAAAAGCCAUUUGUGCGGAUCCGCCAUUACUUUUUUGUAGUGAAUAUUUCGAUUGUAUGGAUUCGACCAUACUCAAAUCAUUGUUAAAGCGGGAUGAUUUAGCGAUGGAAGAAAUUGAAUUGUGGAAUCAUGUGAUUCGAUGGGCAAAAAAACAAUUAAUCACGAGUGAAUCCAAUACAAUAAUUUCAACUGAUCCUAUUAAAUGGGAUUCAGAAACGAUGCAAGCCUUUAAAAAGAUUUUAGAUGAUUGUGUUCCACUCAUCAGAUUUACCCUUAUGAAACCAACAGAAUUCAGGGAGAAAGUGUGGCCAUAUAAAGAUUGUAUACCUUCAAAAUUAUAUGAUUCAAUAUUAUGGCAUUUUUUAUCACCGGACAUACAACCGACACCAUUUGAACCAAGAUUGAAAACCAUUGAUAGUAAAUUAAUAACAUUAAAACAUGCAGCGUUGAUUGCCACUUGGAUUGAUAAAAAAGAAGGAAAACCAUAUGCACAUACAGAGAUUCCUUAUGAAUUUUCCCUUUUGAUGCGCGGAAGUUGUGAUGGUUAUUCCCAACAAACCCUACAUCAACGUUGUGGGGGACAAGCUAAAACCAUCAUGUUGAUGAAAAUUAAAUCGACGGAAGAAAUUUUUGGAAUGUAUAUUAGUAGUGUUUGGAGUAAUAACAUAUCGGCUAGACAUGACAGUUUUAUGUUUAGUUUUGGUGAAGGUAGAGAUACCAGAGAUCCUGUUUUGAGUAGAGUUAGGGCCGCGGGUUAUGAUUUGGCCUUAACGAGAGGUCAAGAAAGAGGUAUGGAGGAAUUAGAAAUGUUUAAAAUUACCAGCAAAACUCUCUUUUCCGGUUUUUAA